AUGGAGUCGAUCCAGCAGUCAGAAGCCGUCGACCCCGAGAAACGAAAACAAACCGAUCAUGUACGCACUCGAAUAGAAGUGCAAAUUCACCAGAAGCCAAGGGGUUAUGUCCCCGGCAGCGGUCCUCCCCUCCAACCCAUCAGUCUACUUCCGCCUCGAGACUCGACCGCGUACAUCCUCGAUCGCAUCAUACUCCCCUCGCCGGGUCUAGCAGCAGAUGGAAAGCCUCUUCCGAGACGGAUGACUUAUAUCGUGGGAUGGCACGACUUGCCGGCUGCGAGGAUGCUGGUGCCCGCCAUGCAGAUCCUCAACUAUGUCUCGCCUCAAGAGGUCGAGGAGUGGGGGUUCAAUAAUAUGGAGGAGCAAAUGGACAGCAAGAAGUUGGCGCAAGAGAAGAAGGAACAGGCUGUGGACAAGUCAUCCAAGCCGAAGAGACGUGGACGGCCACCAAAGCACAGCAAGAUAGAAACUGCUGUCGUUACGGAGCCUGAGAGCAACACAGCCGCCAUACCUAAGAAGGGCGUCAUGACGAUAUCAGCCCCGAAGGAGAACAGACUCCAAGAUUUUGAAGGAUUGUCGGAUGAGUAUGGGACUCCUUCAAGACAGUUGCAACAAGAGACAUCAAGGGGCUCAACAGACGUGGAUAUGGACCAUGAGCAUGAGGCCGACUUGGUUCCUCGAAAACCCGAAAACGUGCGCCCCGUGGCUCAAUUGGGCACGUCGCACACGGCUGCACUCGAGUCCCGUGCGUCGGGACAAAGCAAUGCUGGGGGCAAACAACCUGUCUUUGAAUCGCUCCCCUCAACAGCAUCCUCGACUCGACAAAGUACACCACAGCCAGCAGUCACCAAGCCGAAUCUCAAGGGCAAGAAGAAGAUGGCACCAGCAAGUUCUUCAAAGACACAGAAACCUCCGACAGUGGCCAAGAGCCGUGAUGGGUUCUUUUCGGGCCCGGAGUGGAAAUGGGAUCCCAUUGGAGAACAUGCCAUCCCUCUCUCAGUCACGAAUGCAAUAACGCCGAGCCUGGAGCCACAGCCUUUCAGGAAUCCGUACAUACCAGAAGUGAAAUCGAUGAAGAGUAAACCCAAGGAAAAGAAGACGGCCCCAAAGCCUCCUGAGCCAGCUCCCGCGGCAGAAGAGCCAGCCAAAGACAAAGAAAAUGACGACUGGGAGGUCAAACGCCUAGAGGGCAUGGAGUUUUUCGAAGUUGAGGGCGUUGGGGUUGUUCGCUACUUCAAAGUCCGCUGGGAAGGCGACUGGCCUCCUGAUCAGAAUCCAUCCUGGGAACCGGAGGAUAACCUUCCUGCUGCGUUGGUACGGAAUUACCUCAAGCAGGGCAAGAAGAGACGCGCUGGGCAUGACGCCCAUGAGCCGAAGAAGAAGACCCCACGACCUACGACACAGGCUCCUUCAGCACCACCCAAGAAGAAGGGCAAUCUUAAGCAGACAACCCUACCGUGGGAUAUACCCGCGAAGCAGUACAAGAGCGUCAGCGAGGCUUUCGAAGGUGACGAGGAAGAGGCCAUGGGAAUGCCUGUUGCGAACGAUGUCUCGGAGGAGGUUGAGGAAGAACAAGAUGAGCUUUUCGUAGUCGAGGAGCCUCCGGCGAAGAAGAGCCGUGUACAGGCGCCGUGGCAUGGACAUGGAACAUCGGCGAGAAUGGAAUGGACUUGA